UAACACUUUUGCUUCAAUUUGGGAGUGGAGUGAGAGAUACCAGAUUGAUUUCAACCAAUCACAGUCUUGGUUUGAGUGUCCAAUCACAUCCCAUGCAAGUCUUCUAAAAAGCAUUUUACACAUUCAUUGCUUCAAACAUGAUCAUUUGGGUCAUUUUGAUCUUUUGUGCUUCUGGAGGUCGACCUGACAACAGUGAUGAAAUUGUCUCAUUACGAACAUUCCAGCUGGGAGAUGAUGUUACAGUCAAAUGUUUCUUGAGAAAAAAAAGUUUAGCCAACACAAUGGUUUGGUAUAAACAGAGAACUGAUCAGAUUCCUCAUCUUAUUGCAUUUUCACAAAUUUAUUGGAAAGAUAUCCAAUUUGAGAAGGAAGUUAAAAAUGGGAGAUUCAAUAUUUCAGCAAGUGAAGAUUCUUUUCACCUCAACAUCAAAGCUACGACCAAGGAGGACAUCGGAAAAUACUACUGCGGGACAGUUUUCUUGAAUAGAAUAGAAUUUAUUUCUGGAGCACAUCUGAUGCUAAAAGGAACUGAGACCAAACACCUUAAUGUGGGAUGUGAGGAGAAAGAAGUUGUGAAUAGAACCACUUUCAAAAAUACUGAUAACAGUAAUCCAAAAGUAUGGGAUCCUGUGUUACUUUGCUUGAUAUCCUGCAAUGUUGUGUUUGUAAUGGUAAUAAUCAUACUUUUGGUUGAUUAUUAUAAAAACUGGAGAAAAAGGCAAAAAGGAUCUAAAAAUGUAGCAUCUCCAUCAUCUGAGAUUGGAGAUACAGAUGUGAAUUAUGCGGCUGUGAAUUUUGCCUCUGUUCCUCCGGCCAGAAGAUCAAACAACAGACAUCUAACUGAAUACAGUGAAGUGAUCUACAAGCCAAGAGAUCACAUGUUUUAAUGGAGUUUCUUCACAAAAUGGUUUUGACUUGCUGUCAAAAAAGUAGAUAUUGAGCUAUAUUGCUAAAAAUAUAAAUUACUGCAACUUAUACUCAAAAAUAUCUAUUUUUUUCUGUGGCUUGCAAUUUAGAAAAACAUUUUGUCUGUAAAUGCUGAUCGAUUAAAUAAUAGAUAAUAAAAAGUUUCAAUAAUAAACAACAGUAGAAUCUGUUUAAACAACAU